CCGGCUGGCGCCGCCGUCUUGCGCGCUCCUGCUCCACCGCGACCUGCUGGGGGGCUGCUCCUCCCAAGUACCAUGUGUGACGGCGCCCUGCUGCCUCCUCUCGUCCUGCCCUUGCUGCUUCUGCUGGUUUGGGGACUGGACCCGGGCACAGCCCGCGCGCCCCCAGCCGCCCCGCGAGUCCGGCCCGGCGAGCGCGCCCUGCUGCUGCACCUGCCGGCCUUCGGGCGGGACCUGUACCUGCAGCUUCGCCACGACCUGCGUUUCCUGUCCCGGGGCUUCGAGGUGGAGGAGGCCGGCGCGGUGGGGCGCCGGGGACGCCCCGCCGAACUGUGCUUCUACUCGGGCCGCGUGCUCGGCCACCCGGAUUCCCUCGUCUCGCUCAGCGCCUGCGGCGCCGGCGGCGGCCUGGUUGGUCUCAUCCAGCUUGGGCAGGAGCAGGUGCUAAUCCAGCCGCUCAACAACUCCCAGGGCCCCCUCGGCGGACGAGAGCACGUGGUCAGGCGCAAAUGGUCCUCGACCCCCAGCCCCUCCACCGAGGCCCAGACCCCUGGGCAGCUCUGCAAGGUCCUAACAGAAAAGAAGAAGCCAAGGAGGAGCAGGCCAUCCCAGGACUGGCGGGAGCGGAGGAACGCCAUCCAGCUCACCAACGAGCACACAGUGGAGACCCUGGUGGUGGCCGAUGCCGAUAUGGUGCAGUACCAUGGGGCAGAGGCCGCCCAGAGGUUCAUCCUCACGGUCAUGAACAUGGUGUACAAUAUGUUUCAGCACCAGAGCCUUGGAAGUAAAGUGAACAUUCAAGUCACCAAGCUUGUCCUGCUGCGGCAGCGGCCUGCCAAAUUAUCCAUCGGGCACCAUGGUGAACGGUCCCUGGAGAGCUUCUGUCACUGGCAGAAUGAGGAAUACGGAGGGGCCCGGUACCUCGGCAACAACCAGGUUCCAGGAGGGAAGGACGACACGCCCCCCGUGGAUGCAGCGGUGUUUGUGACCAGGACAGAUUUCUGCGUACACAAAGACGAACCAUGUGACACUGUCGGAAUUGCUUACUUAGGAGGUGUGUGCAGUGCUAAGAGGAAAUGUGUGCUUGCCGAAGACAAUGGUCUCAAUUUGGCCUUUACCAUCGCUCAUGAGCUGGGCCACAACUUGGGGAUGAACCACGAUGACGACCACUCGUCCUGCGCUGGCAGAUCCCACAUCAUGUCCGGAGAGUGGGUGAAAGGCCGGAACCCCAGCGACCUCUCCUGGUCAUCCUGCAGCCGAGAUGACCUGGAAAACUUCCUCAAGUCGAAAGUCAGCACAUGUUUGCUGGUCACAGACCCCAGGAGCCAGCACGCGGUGCGUCUCCCUCACAAGCUGCCAGGAAUGCACUACAGCGCCGACGAGCAGUGCCAGAUCCUGUUCGGCACCAAUGCCACCUUCUGCAGAAACAUGGAGCAGCAUCUGAUGUGCGCUGGACUGUGGUGCCUGGUGGAAGGAGAUACGUCCUGCAAGACCAAGCUGGACCCUCCCCUGGACGGCACUGAGUGUGGGGCAGACAAGUGGUGCCGCGCGGGGGAGUGUGUGAGCAAGACGCCCAUCCCGGAGCACGUGGACGGAGACUGGAGCCCCUGGGGCGCGUGGAGCAUGUGCAGCCGGACGUGUGGGACGGGCGCCCGCUUCCGGCAGAGGAAAUGUGACAACCCCCCCCCAGGACCUGGGGGCACGCACUGCCUGGGUGCCAGCGUGGAGCAUGCCGUCUGUGAGAACCUGCCGUGCCCUAAGGGCCUACCCAGCUUCCGGGACCAGCAGUGCCAGACGCAUGACCGGCUCAGCAGCAAGAAGAAGGGCCUGCUGACAGCAGUAGUGGUUGAUGAUAAACCAUGUGAACUCUACUGCUCACCCCUCGGGAAGGAGUCCCCGCUGCUGGUGGCCGACAGGGUCCUGGAUGGCACACCCUGCGGGCCGUAUGAGACCGACCUCUGUGUGCAUGGCAAGUGCCAGAAAAUCGGCUGCGAUGGCAUCAUCGGGUCCGCGGCCAAGGAAGACCGGUGCGGGGUCUGCAGUGGCGAUGGCAAGACCUGCCGUGUGGUGAAGGGCGACUUCAGCCACUCCCGGGGCACAGUCAAGAAUGAUCUGUGUACGAAGGUGUCCACAUGUGUGAUGGCAAAAGCUAUUCCCAAGUGUUUCUCAUGUUAUAUUGAAGCUGCGGUCAUUCCCGCUGGAGCGCGGAGGAUUCGCGUGGUGGAGGAUAAGCCUGCCCACAGCUUUCUGGCUCUGAAAGACACCAGUAAGAGAUCCAUCAACAGCGACUGGAAGAUAGAGCUCCCCGGGGAAUACCAGAUCGCAGGCACCACCGUGCGCUACGUCAGAAGGGGCCUGUGGGAGAAGAUUUCUGCCAAGGGACCAACCAAAAUACCACUGCAUCUGAUGGUGCUGUUAUUUCAUGACCAAAACUAUGGAAUCCAUUACGAGUACACCGUUCCCGUGAACUACACUGCCAGAAAUCAGAGCGAGCCAGAAAGACCGCAGGACUCUUUGUUCAUCUGGACCCACAGCGGCUGGGAAGGGUGCAGCGUGCAGUGCGGAGGAGGGGAACGCAGAACCAUCGUGUCCUGCACACGGAUUGUUAACAAGACCACAACUCUGGUGAAUGACAGUGACUGUCCUCAGGCAAGCCGUCCAGAGCCCCAGGUCCGAAGGUGCAACUUACAUCCGUGCCAAUCGCGGUGGGUGGCAGGCCCGUGGAGCCCCUGCUCAGCGACCUGUGAGAAGGGCAUCCAGCAUCGGGAGGUGACCUGCGUGUACCAGCUGCAGAACGGCACACAUGUCACCACGCGGCCCCUCUAUUGCCCGGGCCCCCGGCCAGCACCACUGCAGAGCUGUGAAGGCCAGGACUGCCUGUCCAUCUGGGAGGCAUCUGAGUGGUCACAGUGCUCUGCCACCUGCGGUAAAGGGACCCAAAAGCGAACCGUGACGUGCACCAACUCGCAAGGCAAAUGCGACGCGUCGACGAGGCCGAGAGCAGAGGAGGCGUGCGAGGACUACUCGGGCUGCUACGAGUGGAAAACCGGGGACUGGUCCAAGUGCUCCUCAACCUGUGGGAAGGGUCUACAGUCCCGCGUGGUACAGUGCAUGCACAAGGUCACCGGCCGCCACGGCAAUGAGUGCCCUGCCCUCUCGAAGCCAGCAGCCUACAGACAGUGCCACCAGGAGGUCUGCAAUGACAAGAUCAACGUGAACACCAUCACCUCCCCUCGCCUCGCUGCUCUGACCUACAAAUGUACGCGGGACCAGUGGACAGUGUACUGCCGGGUCAUCCGAGAGAAGAACCUUUGUCAGGACAUGCGGUGGUACCAACGCUGCUGCCAGACGUGCAGGGACUUCUAUGCAAACAAGAUGCGCCAGCCGCCACCGCCGCCGCCAAGCUCAUGA